GAGGAAGCAAAGGUUUGUGAUAUUAAUAAAAAUCCGAGAGAGAGGAAAAAGGAGAAUCUGAAGAAGCUGAAACCAUAACCGAAGCUUGAGAAGCCCCACAGCGAGGGAGGUAAAAAUCCCUAACCACUUUCGUCUUCUUCCCUCUCGUCUCCGGCGGCGUAACAACUCAUAUCUCAAUCGGAGAAGAGAGGUUGUCAAAGCCGAUACGAAGCUGUGACAACGAUGUCGAAGAAAAAAGUGGCUGGUAGCACCAUGACGCUUAAGGACUUCCAUGGCGGCUCUAUACCAUCUGAUCUCCCUCUCCCUUCUGCUCCUGGAGUGAUUCCGAAGAUUGCUACGGAUCGACCUGUUUUUGAUAGAGCGCCUUGGGGAACUUCAAUCGGCCGACCUGAACAGAGGACAAGGCCAAGCUCCUCUCACACUAUUAGGAAUUUCGAUGAUAAAUCACUGUUUCUGCCUCACACUGCAAAUAUUGGACGCAAUUUCAACGAGGAUGAACGGAAGCCUCUGGAUGGUCAUUCCGCUCCUCGUAGAGUGGUCAGUGAUGAUGUUUUUCGGGUUCCAAACAGCCGUCUGGAGGUGAAAACAGACUCGCUUUUAACUGGGCGACAUGGUGGUUGGUCACCCAAGGCUGGUACUUUCCCUGGGAAGAUUAAUGAUGUGACUCAUUCUGUGACUGGUAAUAUUGAGAACUCAGUGUCAGGAACUCACCCUAAUGUUUGGACUGGGAGGAAGGAUGUUUCAGUGGCUAACACUGAGCCGGGACAGUCCCCAUGGACUUCGCAACCAGCUGUUUCUAAUUUGGUCCAUUCAAGUGCGCUUGACCAAGUGUCUUCGGGAAGAUGGCAGUCCAAGCUUUUGGUUCCUUCUCAGAUGGCUUUUGAUGUUGUUAAGCAUUCAGAGAUAGAUAGCAGAGGUUACAAGACUAAUAGCCCUUUGCUCAAUCAAGGGGAUGAGCCACAUAAAGAACAGGGCCUGGUCGUCGAAGAUGGGAUCCAAGGUGGUAAAAAGUUUUCCCGUGAGUAUGAAAAAAUCCCUGGUCCAACUUAUUUGGAUGCUAAGGAUGUAAGAGUUGUAUCAAGCAGCAGCAAUAAGCCUCAUCCAAAUUAUUCUGACGUUAGGCCUGCUGGACAUUUGGUGCAAGCAACUGCCCCGUCCGAAAUCGUGGAACGACCUAAGCUGAACCUGCUGCCUCGCACAAAACCUCUUGAAAGCAUUGAGAAACCUGUUAAUGAUGGAAAACUGGAAAAUGGUGGUUCAAAUCUAAUUCAACGUGAUACUGGUUAUGCGACACAGAAAAGUAUGAACAUUUCAAAACCUGGUUUGUCUGCGGAUGAGAUUCCUAACCAGCCGAUUGAGCGUCCAAAAUUAAAUCUGAAGCCCGUGGCACAGUUGCUUGAACAGCCAGAAGUUAAAACUGAAAAGGAAAGGAGUGCGGUUUUUGGCGGUGCCAGACCACGAGAGCUGGUAUUGAAGGAGCGAGGCAUUGAUGAGAUCGAGCAUCAGAAAUUGGAGCAACCGACAGACAGGAUGGUCCUCAAACCAAUCGAAAGAGGUCCAGAGAAUGCAGUUCAAAGGCCAUUGAGUUCUCCCCGUGACUUGAGAACAAGGAAAUUUGACCAAAAGGAUGGGCGAAAUGUUAGCGAAAUUGCCAGAUCCGAAACUCAGAGGAAAAGCUGGCGUGAAAAUGAAAACAAGAGCUCAAGACAGCAACAGCAGACUCAGGAGAAGACAAGACAUCCAUCGCCAGAGACAUGGCGAAAACCGGUUCCCCCGAAACCGGAAUCACCAGAUGGAACAGGGAUUCGUCAUGGGAAAGCCGCUUCUGCCCUUGAGCUAGCUCAAGCCUAUUCUCCUUUCUCUGACCCUAAAUCCGGAAUUAGAAGCAGCAACAGUUUUAACACAAGCCGCAACAACCAAACGCAACAGCAACCGUUCUCUCGGUUGGUAGGAUCGACAACAACAUAACAAAAGAUUAAUGGCUACUGAGUUAUUGUCCGCUUGUUCUUUAAUUGGAUCUUGAUUUCUGAGUACUUUUCAUGUGGUUUGUGGGAUCGGUAUGAGAGAUCUGAAUGUGAUAUGUUCCCUUUAAGAACGGGUCGGUUUAGAUAUGCCAAAUAUGGUUACAUCGUGUUCUUCAUUCUUCUUUGGUUAUACAUUUUUCUCUUAACCGUUCGUGGGAAUGUUUGAGAAUUCUGGCAUAAGCGUGAACA